AUGGAGAAGAAAAGUGGCGAGGAGGAAUUGAAGCAUUUGGGUUUCGUGAAGGUGGCGGCGAUCAACGCCGUCGUGUGCAUCUCGCACUUGUACGAUUACGCGAAGCAGAAUUCCGGAUCCUUCAAGUCAACCUUGGAAACUGUGGAGAACGCCGUCACGACGGUGGUGCGUCCCGUUUACGGGAGGUUUAAAGGCGUUCCUGACGAUGCUCUAGUUUUUCUCGACAUGAAGGUUGAUGAAUUAUCCAAUCAAUUCGAUAAAUGUGCUCCUCCAGUGGCCAAGUCUCUUGCGAGUAAAGUGCAGCAGUUAGUCAAGCAAGCUUCAGAGGUUGCCGCAUACUUGGCUCGGGAAGUAAUAGUCAGUGGCCCCUGUGCGACCUUUUCUAGUGCCGCAUCUUUGUCCAAGAACUUUUUUGUGAGCAAAUUAGCCUUUUUAUGGUACGAAAUCAAUCGCUUCCCACCGGUGCACUUGGUGGGAAAUAUGGCCUUGCCAACUGUUGCUUACUUUUCCGAGAGAUACAACAACUUCACAUCCAAGAUGGAUGCCAGGGGGUAUCAUGUCUUUGGAUAUUUCCCAUUAGUUCCUAUAGAUGAUUUUAUUAAGGCAUACAAGCAAGUUGAAGCUGCUGCUGUUGUAAAGAAAGAUGAUUAA